AUGAGUGCAGCACUGUUGACGAGACUGGAAACUGCUGACACAUCAGCUGAUCGUCUAGUGCUGUUCGACGAACUUUGUGCAUCCACCGCCGAUUGCCCAGAUCGACUUGGAUCAUUUUUACAUUUUAUCCAGCCAGCAUUCUGUGACCCGUUACGGGGUGUGCGGAGUCUCGCUUUCCAGUGUGCACGCAACUAUAUCGCCGCCAAUCCGGGUAUGGCCGAAUACUUUACCAGCUCCUAUUUUAUGGCACUACUGCACAAUCAAGCAGAUAUUGCCCUACACGCAUUAUCUGUUCUUCCUGAGCUUGUUGUCGUCGGCCGUUGUGAGUUCCUUACUACUUCGUUCGAAAACUUUUCAAGGAAAUUAAUUAUUAGCACGUUUGGGCCAGUCAUCAGAUUUUUUAUUUAA